CUCAACUGUCUGCCUUUCUAUCUCUCCUACCCAUAAUCUACCUAGCCAUAUUCCCCCCACUCUUUUGCUUUAUGCUUUACUCGUUAUUCUCACUUCAAGAUACCCCCUCUUUCACUGAGCGAACAUCCUUUCACAUUCUAGUCUUUCGAAAUGUCGGACGACGAUGACUUCAUGCAAGAUUCGGGUGAUGAGGAAUACGACUUCGAAUAUGAAGAUGAAGACGAGGACGAAUCGGGCGAUGUCGGGAUCGAGAACAAAUACUACAAUGCCAAACAGAUGAAAAUAGACAAUCCGGAGGAGGCGAUCGAUGAGUUCUUAGGAGUUCCGGCACUCGAGCAAGAUAAAGGAGAUUGGGGUUUCAAGGGUCUCAAACAGGCCAUCAAGUUGGAAUUCCGGCUUGGACGCUACAGUGAUGCGGUCGAACACUACAGGGAAUUACUUACCUACGUCAAGUCGGCUGUCACCCGAAACUACUCGGAGAAAUCGAUCAACAACAUGUUAGACUACAUCGAGAAGGGCUCCGAUGAAGAAAGGGCGUAUCAGUGCAUGGAAGAAUUCUACUCGUUAACGCUGCGAUCGUUCCAGAAUACGAACAACGAGCGCCUAUGGCUCAAAACCAAUAUCAAAUUGGCCCGACUGUGGCUCGGGCGCAAAGAAUACAGCCAAUUGAGCAAGAAGGUACGAGAGCUGCACCGGGCGUGUCAGCGGGAGGAUGGCACCGACGACCCCAGCAAAGGCACCUACCUCCUCGAACUAUACGCACUUGAGAUCCAGAUGUACGCCGAGACCAAGAACAACAAACGCCUCAAAAUGCUCUACCAACGGGCUCUACGCGUCCGGUCGGCUGUGCCGCAUCCGAAGAUCAUGGGCAUCAUCCGCGAGUGCGGCGGCAAGAUGCACAUGAGUGAGGAGAACUGGGAGGAGGCACAGAGCGACUUCUUUGAGUCGUUCCGCAACUACGACGAGGCGGGCUCCAUGCAGCGCAUUCAGGUGCUAAAGUAUCUCGUGCUGACGACGAUGCUGAUGAAAUCAGACAUCAACCCUUUCGACUCGCAGGAAACCAAACCAUAUAAGAACGACCCGCGCAUCUCUGCCAUGACGGAUCUCGUGGACGCUUUUCAACGGGACGACAUUCACGACUAUGAGGAUAUCCUCAGUAAGAACCCGGACGUGUUGGCCGAUCCGUUCAUCGCAGAGAACAUCGACGAAGUCAGCCGGAACAUGCGCGUGCGCGCGGUGCUGAAGCUGAUUGCCCCGUACACGCGGUUCACACUCAAAUUCAUCUCCAAACACAUCCGCAUCACCGUGCCCGAGGCGCAGGACAUUGUGAGCUUUUUGAUUCUGGACAAAAAGCUGAAUGCGAAGAUCGACCAGGAGCACGGGACAGUGGAGGUGGAAAGCACCAGCCCGAGCGACCUCGAGCGCCUGCAGUCCCUGCAGGAGUGGAACGCCUCGCUCCGUGCGCUGUGGCAGACGACACUCAACGAGGGCGAGGGGUUUAAAGACGAUGGCGGCCAGAUGGGUGUGCACGGAGGGAUGCGCGGGGCAGGAGGGCUAACAGGAGGCGGGCCCGCGAACCAGUCGGAUGAACCGUCGAGUAGCAGUCGUCAUCGUCGAGGGCGCGGCGCAGGGGGAGGAAGGGGAGGAAGGGGAGAUUUGGCCGGCUUGUUGCCAGAAAGACAAGAUAGAGGUGGAGCCCGGCGGCGGGGGUUGGAGGCGAGCUAG